AUGGCUGCUGCUGCUGCCCCUUCUGCCCAGCUGGAUGGCGUCAAAAAGCCAGCCUUGCCUACCCCCCAGGGCCCUCAGUUGAGCGGCAUUAACCUGUACGCAAGAUUCGCCUUUGCUGGCGCUGUCUGCUGUUCAGCUACCCAUGGCGCCCUCACACCUGUCGACGUUGUCAAGACGAAAAUCCAGCUUGAACCCCAGACCUACAACAGAGGCAUGAUUGCAGGAUUCAGACAGGUCGUUCGGAAUGAGGGAGCUGCCGCUCUCCUGACCGGUUUCGGUCCUACUGCUGCGGGUUACUUCCUCCAAGGUGCCUUCAAGUUCGGAGGUUACGAGUUCUUCAAGAAGCAGUCAAUCGACUUCCUUGGCUAUGAGACUGCCGCCAGGAACAGAACUGCUGUCUACCUCUCCUCCUCUGCUCUUGCUGAGUUCUUCGCUUCCAUCGCUCUCUGCCCUCUCGAGGCCACUCGUAUCCGUCUCGUUUCUCAACCUGGUUUCGCUUCUGGUCUUGUCGGUGGAUUCGGAAAGAUCUUGAAGAAUGAAGGAAUCGGUGCUUUCUACUCUGGUUUCGGCCCUAUCCUCUUGAAACAGGUUCCCUACACUAUGGCCAAGUUCGUCGUCUUCGAGAGAGUCUCCGAGGCUCUGUACCGUCAUUUCGACAAGGAUACCCUCUCUAAUGGCGCCAAGACCUCAAUCAACUUGGGAUCUGGUCUUGUCGCUGGUCUUGCUUCCGCCGUUAUCUCCCAGCCUGCCGACACUAUGCUUAGCAAAAUCAACAAGACUGAAGGCCUUCCAGGUGAAGGAAACAUGUCCCGCUUGAUCAAGAUUGCCAAGGAUCUCGGACUCAAGGGCAGCUUCAGCGGUCUUAGUGCUCGUCUCUUCCUGGUUGGUGCUAUCACUGCUGGCCAGUUUGCUAUCUACGGUGACAUCAAGCGCGUCCUCAACGCCACUCAGGGUAUCGACUUGAAAUAA